AUGGAUUUCAAAUCCUGCCUUGUUGUGCUCCUCUUGGCCCUAGCCAUGGUGGCUGCAGUAGAGUCGUCAACGAUAUCGAUGCACGACGCCGCCUGGGGUCUCAAACACAGCCGCGACGACGUGGGUGACAUGAUCGGACAAGAUAAUGAGAUGUUACUGGACUCGGAGGUCGGCCGGCGUCAACUGAUGGCAAAUAAUGUCCGUUAUAUCAGCUACGGUGCCCUUAAGAAAAACAAGGUACCGUGUGGUCAGCCCGGAGCAUCUUACUACAACUGCAACAGGCAGAACUCACAGCAGGCCAAUGUUUACCGCCGUGGUUGCUCAGUCGCCACCCGUUGCGCCCGCUCCAACUGA